GUAGCUGUUCUAGGUGUUCGUAAGUGACCAACCUGCAGUCCAGAUUUUUUAGAUUUCCUCAUCAUUUGUGAAGAAAAUCUAUCACUAAGUAGAAGCGUUGCAAGAAGGUUGCUCUUGUUGUUGUUCUUGAAGCCAUUCAAUAGGUCCUCUACAUGUACAUCUUUUUCUACUUACAUCGAUAUUAGGAAAGAACGCACCAUUGAAAACAGAAGAACUACAACACAGAAUAAGUAAAAGUUGGAAAACGUUGACUAGUAAAACCCUAAACAGAAACAAAAUGUCGGAAGCUACAACAAAGAUGAGAAACAGCUACUCAACAUCGACGUGGUGUCGUCCUCGUGGACGACGGGGAAGUCUCGCGCUCUUGUUGCACGUGGUCGUGAAUGGUGUGAACAAUAUUGUGCACGUUUUAGGCGCUGGAUUUUAAGGCUUCCGCUAACCCAACAUCUCUUCCAUAAUCAAAAUCCCUCAAGAAACCUAAAAUUCAAAAAUGAUACAAGGGGAAGUAUACUAACACAUACGCUUGAGGGAUUUCCACAGGGAUUUGGAGGAGAGGUCCUCUAAGGAUUUGGAUCAUUGCAACAAGAACUAGCUCAUCCACUACCGAAACGCGCUCCUGCUGGUCUCAUAGCAAGUAUCCUAGAAGAUCCUGAGCCUCCUCAUGACCGCACGGGGGGCUCGUCUUGUACUAAUAUUAAGGCUCGUCCUGCAAUAUUAAGGCUCCCAUUUUCAGAAGCAUCUGGCUCCUCCCGUUUCUAAGUAAAGGUUAGAACAAAGGGAAACCCAACAUGCUGCUGAAGAUGCUGGGCUUCUCUUUUUAAUAUAGUUUGUUCUAAUAUGUUUGUUGUAGGUCGUGUUGAUGAAGAUGCCCAAGCAAUCAAGGUUGG